GCGGCUGGCGGUCGUCGGCCGGUGCAGCACCAUGUGCGAAAACGUGAAAAUGGACGAUGUGACGGAAACGGAACACCGGAACCUGCUCGUAGGCGGGUGGACGGGCUGCGCAGGAGCAGUAGAUCUAUAGAACAUACGGAGCAGAGGAACACGUGGGAUGUAGAAGUUACGGAUGUUUAUAGAUCAGGAAACAGCGCAGCCAUCUUUGUUCGGACUCAAAUUUUGCACUGAAAGCAAAAGAGAAAGGAAGCUGCGCACCGGUAAAUCUGAAACUAUUAACCGCGACAUGGAUGUUUAGCAAAAGUACAAGAAAAAAUGAUAUUUCCGUUUUUUCAGCUAGCUGGACCUGUUUAUUCUGUGCUACACAAGCUAGCUUCUAGCUACAGUUCCAUCUGUUCCAGCUGUAAAUGUAGCUGCUAGACACAUGUAGCUGCUAGCUCAGAAGUUGGUUUAGUAACACACACUCCGGUUGGUACCAUGGACAGAGAGUGUGUGUCGCUGCUGCCCCGGGUCUGUGAGGUGCUGGCGGCCUCAGGGAGCUCUCUGCCCGAUGACACCAGCCUGGAAAAACUGCUGGACUGGUUCACAGGGCUCACCAAAGCUGGGACAUCUCUGCUGGAGUCAUGCCCAUGUCUGCUUGAAUUCAUAUCCACUGUGGUCCACAACACAGCUCUGGACCCCAGCAUCCUCUCUUUCACUCUCAGACUCACUGGCUUCGUGGCUGUAACCGAGGUUGCCUUCAAAGUUCUGCAGGAGUCCUCUGUUCUGGACCUGGUCUUUAACCUUCAGCACUGGCAGGAAGCAGGACUCUGGGAGGAUCCCUGCAUACGGAUUGGCUGGAUCCAGGGCUUAAGAACAAUGAUGCAGCACCCAAAGGCUCUCAGCUUCUUUGUACAAGCAGAUUUCCUCCAGCCCCUCCUACAACUCCAGACAGACAAAAGCUUAUUCGUCGCCUCUGCUGCCAAUCAAAUGCUAGCCCACGUCCUGCUCUCCUGCCAGUCCGUCUCCUCGGUAGGAAGUAACGACGUGGACGAGGAAGGAGAAGAUGUUGGGAGGUCGGGCGGCUCCAUUGCAGACUUAGAAUACUCUGCUGUCACUGUGGAAACCAAUCAGGAUUACGCUGCUGUUGUCACGGCGAUCUCAGAGUGCCUGAAGAAGUCGCUGGUUCCCAGAGAAAACACACAGCUUCACCAGAGUCUGCAGAUCCUCAAACUUCUGGCCCUGCUGCUGGCCCAGACCAGACCUCCUCUGUGGGAGAAGCUGCUGCAGAUGGUCGCUGACUCUGUAGACGAGCUGCUGGUGGCCGGCUACAGUCAGCUAAUUCUGCCUCUGAUGGACGUCAUUCUAGCUGCAUACAGCUGCGACGUUAAUCGUCGUGCACCAGACCAGCGCGUCUCCCGUCUUCUAUCUUUCAUGCUGAACAUCAGGAAACCCGCCGACCUCAUUCAGGCAGCAGCUGCUUUUCUCCGCCGAGGCCUUCACGACCUUGUUCACACGGCCCAGAGUGCUCGAGUGCUGCUGCUACCCCUCGACAUUAUUACCGGCCUGAAUCUGCUCACCACCACAGGUAACACGCACACAUGUACGCAUUUUUACAAAGUCUGUUGUGUUAAAUUUAUGCAGCUGAGAAUGGUUUCUGUUCAUUCAGCAGACGAGCAACGGUUCUUGAUGAUGGAGCAGCUGAAGAAUAAAACCUCCUGCAUCUCCCUGAUCUGCGUCUGUUUAACAAACACACCACAGAUGACACUGAUGGCUGCUGACUGCCUCCCCUGUCCUCCAGUGUUAAUUGUCACUGCAGUUCUGUCGUUAUUGAAGCUCUGCAGUGGCGACUCUUCCUCCCCGUCCUCCUCUUCUUCCGGCUGUCGUGAAGUUUCCAGGAACGUCAUCGGCAGCAGCAAAGUUCAGAAAUGUGCUCUCGACGCUCUGACAGCCCUUAGUGGCAGCCCAGGAGUGGAAGUCAAGUUGGCCGAAGUGUUCACACUUCUCGUACAAUGUCUGGACAAUCCCGAUUCCGACCCCACUGUACUACAGAAGUCCUUCCAGGCCUUAGUGCAGUGGAUGUCUGUUUGCUCAGAUCUCUCCUCCAUAACAGACCAGCACAGACAAGAUCUCCUCCAGGUGGUGAGGAAACGUUCCUGUGAUAUUCGCUGGGAGGUGAGAGACUCAACCGUGGAGUUUCUGGGACGCCUGGCGGGGGUGAGAGUCAUCCAGACGACGGCCGAGGAGGCGUCGGAUGCGUCAGUUGCUGUGCUGGGCGGCUGCUGCUUCACCACUCCUCUCCUCAGGGCGGCGCUGCAGGACACAGAGAGUUACGUUAGAGCCAGCGCCAUCUCUGCACUGGCGCAGACACUGGCAGCGAGCUGGCAGCAGGGGGCAGCACUCACCCAGGAGCAGACUGAAAUCGUGAAUCAGCUGCUUGAAGUUCUCUCCUGGGACACCGAGGGAUUCGCCAGGAGGGCCGUCGUGCGAUACUUCAUCGCCUGGUUGUCUUCGAUGUCCUCACACUCGUGUGUGCAGUCGCCCGCCUCCUCCUCCCUCCUCAUGCCGUCUGUUCGCUCAGUCCUCUCUCGAGGCAGCGCCGAUCUGGACUGGGAAGUGAAAGUUCACACACUGGAGUUGGCAGAGCUGCUGCUGGACGAAGCCUUUUCAGGUCAGCGGGGUUACACGAAAGGUAAUCCUACUCAAACACACCCCUACGCCGUGAUUCCUAACACGCUUCACACACGGACGCACAACGAGGAGGAUGUGGUCGGUGUGUUGAACAGUCUGGUCCAGUGGGGGGUCGUCUCGGCGUUGUUGAGCGGUCUGGUCGACUGCGACAGACCUGUAGCUCUGAGGGCCUGUCGACUGCUGAUAACACUCAGAGAGGUGGUUUGUCCGCUGUCGCUAGGGGCCCUGGAUGCAACUGCUGCCAUGGCAACGGUUGCCAGAGUGACUUGUGAACUGCCCGGAUGCGGUUGGGCGCGAGAGAUCAGAAAGAUGCUGGUGAUGAAGGCUAAAGACGCCAACGCCGAGGGGGGUGUCAGUGGAGGGGAAGUGGUCAAUUGUGACGACUGUGGCGAGGCGGGACAGGAAGCGGCGAGCGUCGGGGGUCAGACGCCAUGUGUGAGUGUGUGUGAAGUGUUGAGGUCUCUGGAUUUGGACGAGAGGUUGGACGUCCUGACCCGAAGCAGCGACCACGUUCACAACUCUCCCUUGUCACUGCUGCAGGACAUCCUGACCGCGAGUUCAGCUCGCAGUCAACCCGACACACAACAGGAGGUCAUAGCGGACUGCUACUAACACGCACACACACACACACACACACUGCUAAAAGACACAAAGUCACCAUGAAGAGAUAUAAAAUCACCACAAAAAUUCACCGAAUUACCACAGAAAGAUGUAAAAUCACAACAAAAAGACACCAAAGGACUACAAAAAAAUCUGAAAUUACUACAAAAACAGGCAAAAAUGACCAUCAAAAACACACACACUGACACACAAAUUGCUAAAGGACACAAUGUCACCACAAAGAGAUGUAAAAUCAGAACAAAAAGUCACUAAAUUACCUCAAAAAAGGUAAAAUUACCACAAAAAGCACAAAAUCACCACAUACACACACACACACACACACAAAUGCUAGAAUCAGUACAAAAAGAUCUAAAAUCACAACAAAAAGACACCAAAGGACCACAAUAAAUGUGAAAUUACUAUGAAAACAGGCAAAAAUGACCACAAAAAGACACACAAAGACACACAAAUUGCUAAAAGACACAAAGUCACCACAAAGAGAUGUAAAAUCACGGCAAAAAGAUGGAAAAUCAAAAGAGGCAAAAUCACCACAGAAUGUCACAAAAUUACUACAAAAGAUGCAAAAUUACCAAAAACACACAAAGUUACCACACAAACACACAAAUGUUAGAAUCAACACAAAGAGAUGUAAAAUCACAACAAAAAGAUGUAAAAUUACAACAAAAAGAUGCCACAGAACCACAAUAAUUGUGAUAUUACUAAAAAACAGGCAAAAAUGACCACAAAAACAUACACACUGAUGCACAAAUUGCUAAAAAACAAUAAGUCACCACAAAGAGAUGUAGAAUCACAACAAAAAGAUGGAAAAAUACAACAAAAAUAUAAUAAAUUACAUCAAAAAGACACAAAAUUGCAACAAAAAGAUGGAAAACCACAAUAAAAAUCGGCAAAAUUACCACAAAAAGGCACAAUAUUACCACACACAUACACACACAGGCCCACACACACACACACACACACACACACACACACACGCAUAGUAUACACACAAAACGAUGUAAAAUUACAACAAAAAGACGCCCAAGAACCACAGUAAUUGUGAUAUUACAACAAAAACAGGCAAAAAUUACCACAAAAGGACACACACACACAUAUAAGUUGCUGAAAACACCAGGAUGUUGCAGGAUGUUGUUGAUAUUUGUUGGAUUUUUCAUCAUAUAUUGUUGUUUAUAUGUUUUUUUAAAAAUAGAUUUUCAUAUAUUUGGACUAAACUAAAGUGACGCUGCCAAAUAUUACACCCAAACCUGAAACAUGACUCAAAUCUACUGUAAAUUACUCCUUUUUUUAUUACAGUAUUACAUUCAUGACUCACCAUUACUACACUCUGGUCUCAUCCUACUGAUAUCCAAAUAUGGAUGCAGACAGCAGCUCGUCUAGACAGACCAUGUGACAAAAGCAGCAAGUGGGCGGCUUUAUUGAUCUGAACCAGAAUAUUUUUGUUUUUCUGGUGUGGCUGAAACCUACAGUAGUCGGUCGGGUUAAAGAGAAACCCAUUACUGACUAAACGUUGAACCAAACAUAAGCAGAUUACUGUGCCAACCAGUGCCAGAGUUUUACCUUGUCAAUAGAAUGCAUCAGACGAUUUUUCUUUACAUAAAUAAAAUGUGAGUAAAAAUACUGA